AGAUCUAAUCAAAGGAUCCAUGCGCUCUCAAAAACGUAAAACAACUAUAGGGAAACUCUUUCAAGCAAAUGUGCAUUCGCCGCUUUUUUUGGACAGAAUAGACAAACCUUUUUUUUUUCAUAUCUCCGGAAUGAUGAGGCUAAUUUUUAGGAAUUUGAUGGGGAAAAAUACAGAAUUCGAAACUUUGGAUUCUGAGGAGAAAAAAACGCAGGAGAAAAAAGAAGAAAAAGAGCGAAUAGAAAUAGCAGAAACCUGGGAUAAUAUGCUAUUUGCUCAAACAAUAAGGGGUUGCUUAUUAAUAACCCAUUCGAUUCUUAGAAAAUAUCUUGUAUUGCCUUCAUUGAUAAUAGCUAAAAAUGUCGUUCGUAUUUUUUUAUUUCAAAUCCCCGAGUGGUACGAAGAUUUUAAAGCGUGGAAUAGAGAAAUUCAUGUUAAAUGCACUUAUAACGGUGUGCAAUUAUCAGAAAGAGAAUUUCCAAAAAACUGGUUAAUAGAAGGUAUUCAGGUAAAGAUUCUCUUUCCUUUCUGUUUGAAACCUUGGUAUAGAUCUAAGCUACGAUCGCACCAUAGAGAUCCAAUGAAAACAAAAGGCAAAAAAGCUAAUUUUUGUUUUUUAACAGUCUGGGGAAUGGAAACGGAACUUCCUUUUGGUUCUCCCCGAAAACAACCAUCUUUUUUUAAACCCAUUUUUAAAGAACUCGAAAAAAAAAUUCAAAAAGUGAAAAAGAAAUUUUUUUUAGUUCUAAAAAAUUUAAAAGAAAAAAAAAAAAAAAGAUCGAGUGACAACGAAAAUCUAAAAAAUUCACAAAAUUCUAUAAUUAGAAAUCAGAUUAUUCAUGAAUCAUCCAUUCGAGUCAGAUCCACGGAUUGGACAAAUUAUUCACUGGCAGAAAAAAAAACGAAGAAUCUAGCUAAUAGGACAAACACAAUUAGAAAUCAAAUAGAAAAAAUCACAAAAGACAAGAAAAAAAUAUUUCUAACCUCAGAGAUAAAUAUUAAUCCUAAGGAAACAAGUUGUGAUAUUAAAAAAUCAAAAUCGACGAAAAAUUUUUGGCAGAUAUUAAAAAGAAGAAAUACCCGAUUAAUACGUAAAUGGCAUUUUUUUUUUAAAUUUUUCAUUGAAAAGAUACACAUAGAUACUCUUCUAUAUAUCAUUAAUAUUCCCAGGAUCAAUGCACAACUUUUCCUUGAAUCAACAAACAAAAUUAUUGAUAAAUACAUUUACAAUUACAAUACUAAAAUAAAUCAAGAAGAUAUUAAUGAAACAAAUCAAAAUACAAUUCACUCUAUUUCGACUAUAAAAAAGUCGCUUUUUAAUACUAGUAAUAAAAAUUCGCAGAUUUCUUGUGAUCAAUCUUCCUUGCCACAAACAUAUGUUUUUUACAAAUUAUCGCAAACUCAAGUUAUUAAUAAGUAUCGCUUGAGAUCUGUACUUCAAUACCACGGAACAUCUCUUUUUCUUAAGGAUAUAAUAAAGAAUUUUUUUGAAACACAAGAAAUACUUCAUUCCGAAUCAAGGCAUAAGAAAUUUCGGAAUUCUAGAAUUAAUGAAUGGAAAAACUGGUUAAAGGGUCAUUAUCAAUAUGAUGUAUCUCAGACUAGAUGGGCUAGAUUAGUACCACAAAAAUGGCGAAAUAGAGUCAAUCAACGCCGUAGGGCUCAAAAUAAAGAUUCAAAAAAAUUGGGUUCAUAUGAAAAAGACCAAUUAAUUCAUUCCGAAAAAGAAAACGAUUCUACGGUGGAGUCAUUACCGAAUCAAAAAGAAAAAUUUAAAAAACACUACAGAUAUGAUCGUUUAUCACAUAAAUAUAUUAAUUAUAAUUAUGAAAGUAGGAAGGACUUAUAUAUUUAUGGAUCACCCUUACAAGUAAACGAGAGUCGAAAGAUUCCCUAUAAUUACAACACACAUAAACUUGAAUCGUUUUAUGGGCUAGAAGAUAUCUCUAUUAAUGAUUAUCUAGGGGAAGAUUAUCUUAUUGAGACGGAGAAAAAUCCAGAUAGAAAAUAUUUUGAUUGGGGGAUUCUCCAUUUUUUUCUUAUAAAAAAGGCCAAUAUUGAGGCCUGGGCCAAUAUGGAUACUGGGACCAACAUUCAAAAAAAUACUAAGACUGGGACUGAUUAUUAUCAAAAUAAAAUACAAAUAAUAGAGAAAAUGGAUAAAAAAGAUCUUUUUUUUCUCACGAUUCAUCAAGAAAUCAACCCAUCCAAGCAAAGGUUUUUUUUUUUGAAGAAUGAAGAAAUACUAAAUCGUCCCGUAUCGAAUUUGAAAUUUUGGUUCUUCCCAGAAUUACUCCUACUAUUUGAUGCAUAUAAGAUGAAACCGUGGGUCAUACCAAUCAAAUUACUUCUUUUAAAUUUGAAUAGAAAUAAAAACAUUAGUGAAAAUAAAAACAUCAAUAGAAAAGAAAAAGGGGAUCUUUUUAUAUCAUCUAAAAAAAAAAAAUCUCUUGAAUUGGAGAAUCGAAAUCAAAAAGAACCGCUAGGACAAGGAGAUUUUGAAUCAGUUCUACCAAAGCAACAAAAAGAUCUUGAAGAAGAUUAUGCGGGAUUAAACAUUCAAAAAGGUAGAAAGAAAAAGAAAAAGAAAUUCAAGAGCAAUAGCAAUACAGAAUGGUACUUAGAUUCUUUCCUGAAAAAAUAUUUUAUUUUUCAAUUCAGAUGGAAUGAUCCUUUGAGUCAAAGAAUGAUAAAUAAUAUCAAGGUAUAUUGUCUCCUGCUUAGACUGAUAAACCCAAAAGAAAUUAUUAUAUCCUCUAUUCAAAGAGGAGAACUGAGUCUGAACGUAAUGCUGAUUCAGAGGGAUCUAACUUUUACAGAAUUGAUAAAAAGGGGGAUAUUUAUUAUCGAACCGAUUCGUCUGUCUAUAAAAUGGGAUGGAAAAUUUUUUAUGUAUCAAACCAUAAGUAUUUCAUUAGUCCAUAAAAGUAAACAACAAACUAAUCAAAGAUACCGAGAAAAAAGAUAUAUUGAUAAGAAUGAUUUUGAUGGAUCGAUCGCAAGAUAUGAAAAAAUGGUUGGGGGUGGGAGUGAAAAUUACUAUGAUUUGCUUGUUCCUGAAACUAUUUUAUCGCCUAAACGUCGUAGAGAAUUGAGAAUUUUAAUUUGUUUCAAUUUUAAGAAUGGAAAUGCUCUAGAUAGAAAUCUAAUAUUUUGGAAUGGAAACAACGUAAGGAACUGUGGUAAAUUUUGGAAUGAGAACAAAGAUGUUGAUAGAGAUAAAUUCAUUAACAUGAAAUUGAAGUUCUUUCUUUGGCCCAAUUAUCGAUUAGAAGAUUUAGCUUGUAUAAAUCGCUAUUGGUUUAAUACCAAUAAUGGUAGUCGUUUCAGUAUGUCAAGGAUACAUAUGUAUCAACGAUUGAAAAUUAGUUGAUACUAUAUAUUCGUGUCAUAUCUGCUAUAUGAAGGUAAACAGACGCCCCCUGUAUUACAUUUUGACACAGGAUUGAAUGACGUAUCAAUUCAAUCUAGGAAUGAAUUGAUAAAACUUAAUUUAAUAAAUUUGAUAGAAAAAGAAGAAAAAAAAAAAAGAGUACAUGAAUAAAUUCAGAUGGUUUUGUAUACUAGAUUAAAGGGUCUGGCAUUAUUAUUACUGAUUGGUAAAAUCCAUAUCUGUAGAAAAGAAAGAAAUAUAGGAAAAGAAUUCUUUAUAUGGUAAAAAAUUCAUUUAUCUCGAUUAUUUCACAAGAAAAAGAAAAAAAAGAAGAAAACAGAGGAUCUGUUGAAUUUCAAAUAUUCAAUUUCACCAAUAAGAUACGGAGGCUUACUUCACAUUUGGAAUUGCACAGAAAAGACUAUUUAUCUCAGCGAGGUCUACGGAAAAUUUUGGGAAAACGUCAACGGCUGUUGGCUUAUUUGUCAAAGAAAAAUGGAGUCCGUUAUAAACAAUUAAUUAGUCAGUUGGAUAUUCGAGAGGCAAAAACUCGUUAAUUUGAAGAUUCGUUUUGAAUUAUUUGAUUUAUUAGAUCUUGAAUUUUUAUGAAUUUCGUUUCGUUUUCAGCAAUUGAUGGAAUAAUGAAUCGG